UCUAAAGAAUACCACAUAAAAUCGAUGGAGCGCUGCAGUCUAAUAUUAGAAAAUAACAUUCAAUAAUAAUUGUUCAAUCAGUGAAGUGUGUAGCAAAGCACAGUUUUGAUUCUGGCAAAGUGAAAACUUCGUAUACGGUGAUGGCGAACAAUGAAGAUGAUAAAAGCGAAAGUUCUGAAAUGGAGACUGGAAAUCACAAAGAGGACGGCGAAGAACCGGAAAAGAUUCUCAUCAUUGAUCCAGAUACGGAAGAAAUGGAUUUCAAUCAUUGCCGCUUGAGUAAACUGGAGAAUCUGGAACCACUGACCAAAAUAAAAAGACUGUGCUUCACCUGGAAUUUGAUUAAAAAGAUCGAAAAUUUGGACAGUUUGGUCACGUUGGUAGAACUGGAAUUAAGGGACAAUCAAAUCGCGCUUAUCGAGAACUUGGACGCCCUCGUCAAUUUGCAAUUGCUUGACCUUUCAUUCAACCGUAUCAGGAAAAUUGAAGGCUUGGAGAAUUUGCCAAAUUUGCAAAAGCUUUUCCUCUCAUCCAAUAAGAUCACCAAGGUCGAGAAUAUCGGACAUUUAAAAAAGUUGGAACUUCUCGAAUUAGGCGAUAAUAAGAUUCGCGAGAUCGAGAAUCUCGAAGGUCUAAUAAACUUGACAAAUUUGUUUCUUAGCAAGAAUAAAAUAUCUAAGAUACAGAAUCUCGACACUCUCGAAAAUCUGCAAGUUUUGAGUUUGCAAAGCAAUCGGCUCAUAAAAAUCGAAAAUUUGGAAUCUUUGAAAAAACUCGAUCAACUGUAUCUCUCUGAAAAUGGACUAACAGCUAUUGAGGGUUUAGAAAAUUGCCCUAAUUUAACCACAUUGGAUUUAGCAAAUAAUAAGAUCAAAAAAAUCCAAAACAUGGAUCACCUGACGGAUCUUGAAGAGUUUUGGAUCAACAAUAAUGAAAUUGAAGAUUGGCUCACUAUAGAGAGCUUGGCAGCUAAUAAAAAAUUACAAACAGUCUAUUUAGAACAUAACCCUAUUGCCAAGGACCCAAAUUAUAGACGAAAAAUUAAAUUACUAUUACCCUGGUUGGUCCAAUUAGAUGCCACUCUGUGUAGAUGAGCAAAUUCCAUGCUUUAAUCAAAAUAAGUUUAAGCAGAAUUUCAACUAUUCACACGGAUAUUAUAACUUUCCACUCUUUUCUUAAGUGUUUUUCUUAAGGAAGAAUUGUAUAUGUAGUUCUUUUUUCGGUACGAUUUUUUUGGUGGAGCAUCCGAUCUAGAGACCAGUCAAGCAAUAGGCCGUACGAGUACAACAGACAUCAGGAUUUCUAAUGCUCUUGAAGUUAGCUUGAAAGAUAUAACAUAUGGCUUUUCCUGAUUCUAUUUUAUUUGAAAUAAACGUCAUAAGUAUCAGCUCUAUAACUUAAUAUAAAA